AUGCUUUAUUCAAGCUUGAAAUUCUCGGCAUUUUUAGUUCUUUCACAGUUUGUCUUGCAUUCACAGCAGCAGUGUCUGGGAACCUCCAAGAUGCGAGGCAUCGAUUAUACAUUUGCAUUGGCUCAAGUCAGUAACAAUAGUAACCCACUGGGCCCUCAGGAAGCCUGUUACUUUAACUGUGGCGCUCAGAUUGUCACUCAAUCCUCAAAUCGAGGCGAUAUGGCACGAUUGACGUUGAUGGACAAUGCUGCUACUGUAUUGACCUCCUCUGGAUUUCUGCUGGCUGGGCAGACGUAUUAUUUGAAUCACUUGGGCUUGGAGGAGAAUGAAGGAGGCAACGGCAUUGGCUGUAUCCAAGUGCUUCCCGGUAAUCGCAUUACUCAUUACCCUAGAGCACAUCAAAUAUGUCAAAAGGCAAAUGUAGCCAUUUGUGGAUUCUGGGGCAAGCAAUCUAUUCCAGUAGAUCCUCGUCCAAAACCCUCCAUCUCGUCUACUCCUGCAACUACAAACAGGUCUCCACCACUACGUAUCGAUACCACACUCACUGUCAUGACCACAAGCGUAUCUCCAUCAAGUAUCUCGCCUACUACGUCUGACACAUCUAUUACCACGAGAGCUGGAAGUCCUAUACCCACACAGAACCCUCCUUCUGAUACAACACCCACAACGCCUGCGCCAAGUCAGACUAUAACAACAACUGGAGAUACGCCCUCUUCUUCUUCUUCUUCUUCUCCUCCUCCUCCUCCUCCAUCUUCCGUUACAACAACAGAGGCAGCAACCCCAUUUAUCCAAGAAAUCUUGCCUGAAAUCGAGACCAUUUCUGAUCUCGCACCUUUUAUUGAUGAAAAGCUACCCACUGAACAACAGCCAUCAAGCACCGAUAUACUUCAUCGAUUCAAUGUCGAGGGUCGAAACUACCAUGUAGUCAACAAGAACGGCAACAGUCUUGCUCAAGCAACUAUGAGCUGUCGAAAGAGUCAAACCAACAUUGGCGGUGUCACAUCAGCCGGCUAUCAAGCAGUAACUCGAAAUCUGCAAUAUGUGGUUGACAUGACGGGCAAUAAGCUCAUUAUUGGAUCAUGGAAUGGAGACAACUACUCGCUGCGUGGUAAUACCUGUCUUAUCAUGCAGCUGAAUAACGGUAUCUAUUCAGGCGACUGUGCAGAAGCCACUGCUGUGUUGUGUCAAUCCUAA